AUGGCUAGCUACACUCCAACUGGGCCUGCUUCCUCUCCGUUGAAAUCGGUUGGAUCGCCACUUCACUCGUCCUCAAGGAAUCUGUCGGCGAAAGGAUUGUCGGGAGGCGACAAACUUGGCGGUCCCUCUGAAAAUCCCGCUCCUAUUGGUGAUGCAGCGAGCUCGACCCGUAAAGCAAGCACCACUACGGCGGUUGCUGCUCCUCCCGCGCGACCGGGGACGUACUCUUUUGUUGUAGCUGGAACAAACUUUCAGAUCGAUGAAAAGUACAAAUUUGUCAAGGUCAUUGGUCGCGGUGCCUACGGUGUCGUCAUUUCGGCUGACAACAUCGAAACCAACGAAAAAGUGGCCGUAAAGAAAAUAUCAAGGGCCUUUGAAGACCUCGUGGAUGCCAAGCGUAUUUUACGCGAAAUUAAACUCCUGCAGCAUUUCGAUCACGAAAAUGUGAUCACUAUUGUGGACUUGUUGCCGCCGCCAUCGUUGGCUCAGUUCGAAGACGUUUACAUCAUCGCUGAUCUCAUGGAGACCGACUUGCACCGAAUUAUCUAUUCGAGGCAACCGCUCACUGAUGAUCAUGUGCAAUAUUUCCUCUACCAGAUCUUGAGAGCACUCAAGUACAUUCACUCUGCUAACGUACUUCAUCGGGACUUAAAGCCGUCGAAUCUCUUGCUGAAUUCGAAUUGCGACUUGAAAGUGUGCGACUUCGGCUUAUCGCGAGGUGUCACGCCUGAGGAAGACAACAUGGAACUCACGGAAUACGUCGUCACACGCUGGUACCGCGCGCCCGAGAUCAUGCUCUCCUCCAGAGAAUACACCAAGGCAAUCGACAUGUGGUCCACUGGGUGCAUUUUCGCAGAGCUGCUCGGUCGUACACCACUUUUCCCUGGUGACGACUAUAUCCACCAGCUCCAGAUCAUUUGUGACAAGAUCGGAACUCCAUGUGAAGAGGAUCUGCAUUUUGUUGUCAGCGAGAGAGCCAAACGAUUCAUGAAAAACCAACCCAUGAGACCUGGUGUUCCCUUUGCCAAACUGUUCCCGAAAGCUACGCCCGAAGCCAUCGACUUGCUCCAACGUAUGCUUGUCUUUGAUCCGGUAAAACGGGUUUCUGUGGAGGAAGCUCUGGAACAUCCGUACUUGGCAUCAUUGCACAACUUGGAGGACGAACCUGUUGCAGAUAGCUGCUUCAGCUUCGACUUUGAAAAAGAAGACUUGACGGAAUCUCGGCUCAAGGAGCUUAUCUUUGAGUAAGUCUGUGUUUGCUGAAAACGUGUAUAGCUGUCACGCCUUUAACAUUUCGAAAUUUUUCUUUCAGGGAGAUCCUUAGAAUCCACCCGGAUGCACCACGCAGUCCGUUAAAAGCAUCUCAUGCAGGAAUAAACAGCCCUCCGACUGAGCAAGUGCUUAGCCCAAGUACGACUCGCUCGCACACACAGAACUGAUAGCUUCAGUCCUGUGACGCAUGCACACCAUUACAAGGAACCGAACUAAAGCUCGAACAAAGAGUGACCAAUGCUAUUGACAAAAAUGCAGAAACGAAUUCCAGUAUUUCUGAAAUCA